AUGGCGGAGCCGCCGCGGCCCUUCCGCCUGCGCGGGGCCGGCGGCCCGCAGAAGUUCGGGGUGGCGGCCGGGAGCCUGCGCGGGCUGCUGAGGAAGGGCUGUCGCCUGCUGCAGGUUCCCUUGGCAGGCAGCCGCCUGUGCCUGUACGAGGACGGCACGGAGCUGACCGAGAGCUACUUCCGCGCGCUGCCGCCGCAGACGGAGCUGGUGCUGCUGGGCCCCGGGCAGAGCUGGCGGGGAUGUGAGUGCGGGGCCGGGCGGGGGGCCCCGGGGGCAGAGCUGGCGGGGAUAUUUCCUUGGGGGAAAAAAAUCAUAAACCUAGUUAUGGAGAAAGAAUUCCAAUUCUGCCUGGCUCUGAAAGAAAGAUGCAGGCUUGAUUACUCUGAAAAAACUCCUGAUGGCAAUAUUGUUUUCUCUUUUGUGUCCCCAAGAAUUGAGAAGAAACGUGCUGUUGUCCCAGAACUGGCAGAAGCUGUCAAAACACGCGACGGAAGAGAAGUGAACUGGGAAUAUUUCUAUCAGCUGCUGUUUACCCUGGAUAAUUUAAAACUCGUACAUAUUGCUUGCCAUAAGAAAACCACUCAUAACCUCAGCUGUGACAAAACCAAAAUUUACAGAAAGAGGAAGCAAAACCACGAGAUUUCCUAGUGCUGUCUCUGGAAGGGACCUGCUACUUUUUGCAAUCAUGUCAGUGCUGUUGUUUUUAAAUAGCUCCAGUUUCUUAAACAAGAACUAUUAAGAGUGCCUGGCACGGGACUGGCUGAGUAACGCAAAGCACACACUGAUGCUCCCUCGCCUUCCCACUCCCUGUGAGCCUCCCCCAGCUCACACUGUGCUAAGGGUGUUAAAAUCCAGCUGUGAGGGUACAAAAUGAGCCAGAGGCUGACACUGUUUCCACCCUACCAUCUCUUUCUUGCCAUGACCAGUGUUGGCACAAAACUUGCAGUACACAGAAAGGAAACCUGGACAAAACAUUUCUCACAAACUAAUCUGGGGGGGCUCGUACAUUCCUGUUCUCUGUAAGCCAAACAAGGAAUGAUUUAGGACCAUCGUUUUGCUCUGUGCCUUUUGCAGGUAGCAGCCAGUGUAUUCCAGGAAUGGCAAAGGUGAUUCAGCAGCAGAGCUGCCACCUCACCUGUGCCAACCUCCUGCCUUCAUCCCUGACCACUCCUUUGCUGUUCCUUCAGACGUGCAUCUCCCAGAAGGAAGAGCAAGGCCAUGGCAUAGCUUUGCUUUUCCCACCUUUGUUUGCCACCUCCCCAUUGAUUCCCUCUUCUUUUGAACGUUUUCUGCCUUUUCAGCUUAAGUUUGCUUGAAGCACCACCAGCAGUGACAUCUAUAACAAUCAAGUUUACAAUAAUCAUGUUUACCUGGUGCUGUAGAGAAUAUUGAUGGGGUAAAAUACUUCCUACCUUAGGCAAUAAAACACAAAUAGAUGGGUUUUUACUUGAUUUUUUUUUUAAAUACCAGCUGAUAGCAAGUGAACUUUUAGGGACUGUCACUGUAAACAGUGUGAAUUUUUUCAAAUAAAAAAAAUGACCCCUUAUCUGUGUUUGUGAAUAUGUGGAGGUGCAGGAGUGGUUCAUCAGGUGUGAUAGAGCAUUACAGUCUGAGCACAGGGAGACACGUUUAUGGAGCACCAGCUACCUCCUGCUCUGUAAAUAACCCAGAAAAGCUCUGUCUCCCCCCAUAUUGAUGCUCCUGCAUGGAGCUCCUGCUCCACAUGGAAUUGUACAGAGAUGGUAUUUCUGCAUGAGCCCCGACUUACUGGGUCUUGGAAGCUUUGCUGGAGAGAGUAGUGAUUUACUUAACACACUCAAUCCCCUCCCAAACAUUUCAGCCUGAAAAGUAAGGAGGUGCAUUUUAAAUACAGGAUUUCUAACUCCACUGCACAGAAUUCAUCCAUCCAGCUUGCUUUCCUGCACUGUUUGACACUGGGGAGGGCAGCACAGCCAGGAUCCUGGUGACAAACCCAGUGUCACCUGUGUGGUGCACUGAAAAUCCCCAUUUUGCAGAGUGAAAUGAAUGUCUGUGUGUGAAACCCUGCUUGCUAGAAAGAGCCAGCAGCAAACACAGCACUGAAGGAAAGCUGCUGCAAGAUGGAGCUGGGCUGGAACCAUGAAUAUGCAAUUAAAAAUCUGGAUUUUUCCAUGCUACAGAAUUAGAGUGAAAAGAAAUAUCGUUGACAGAAACAAUGCAUCAGCUGGAGUGGA